AUGUUAAGUGUAUUUUAAGUUUUAAAAAAUGGAAUAUGUACUUAAAAGAAGAAAAAAGUAGUAGUAGAAUAAAAGGUAGAAGCAAAAGAAUCAGAAUCAGAAUCUGAAGAAUAACCAAAAGUUGUUGAACAUGAUCUUAAAAGAGCAAGAAGAAAAGAAAGUUUAGAUUAAAUAGAACAUGAAAUGACCAAAAGAAGAACUUAAGAGAUUUAAUAUAGAAACACACUUCUUAAAAAAUUGAAAAUUAAAAUAAGUGGUGAUAAUAUUAAUACACCAAUUUUAACUAAUUUUUCAAAGAUGAAGAAUUAUCUAAAUUCAGAUUUAAUGAAUUAAUUAACUAAAUGUGGUUAUUAAAAGCCUACUCCAAUAUAAAUGGUUGCUAUUCCAAUAAUUUUAUAAAAAAAGAAUCUUAUUGCAAUUGCACCUACAGGAUCUGGUAAAACUUGUGCUUUUGCAUUACCUACUUUACAUAAUUUAGAAAAUCAUAAAGAAGGUGGACCAAGAUGUUUAGUAUUUGCACCUGCCUAAGAAUUAGCUGAUCAAUUAUAUAAAGAAUUUAAUAAGUUUAAUAAAGAAUUAAAGAUUAAACAGAUUUAAGAAAUGAAUAGAGAGAAGUAAGCUUUUAAAUAAGCAUGGAAUCAUAUUGAUAUACUUAUUAGUUCUCCACUUAAGUUUCUAAAAUUACAUAAAGUAAUUGACUUAAGUACUGUAGAAUAUGUAAUAAUGGAUGAAGCUGAUAAAUACUUCGAAUUAGGAUUAUUAGCUUAAGUAAAAUAAUUAUUAAGAAUAUUGGAAUCAUUACAAAUUACUUAUAUGUUCUUUAGUGCUACUUUACCAGAACCUGUUGAAGAUAUUUAUAGAGAUUUAUUAAUAGACCCUAUAAAAAUUAUGAUAGGAGGAAGAAAUCAUGUUUUAAGUAAAAUUGAUUAACAAUUAAGAUAUGUAUCAAAUGAAUAUGGAAAAAUUUAAGAAAUUAGAAAUUUAAUAAAUGAAGGUUAAAUGACACCACCUGUCUUAGUAUUUGUAUAAUCAAAAACAAGGGCUGAAGCCUUGAUGUAUGAGAUUUAAUAAUUGAAAGUAAUUAGAGUAAAUUGUAUACAUGGAGAUAUGGAGAGUAAAACAAGACAAGAGAUUGUUGAAUAAUUUCAUAAGGGAACAAUAUGGAUGCUUAUAUGUACUGAUAUGAUGGCUAGAGGCAUAGAUUUUAAAGAUGUUUAAUUAGUUAUUAAUUAUGAUUUCCCAUAAUCAAUGAUUACUUAUGUACAUAGAGUAGGUAGAACAGGAAGAGCUGGAAAAUAAGGGAAAGCCAUUACAUUAUUUACAGAUGAGGAUAAAUCUAUGUUACGAUCAUUAGCAAAUGUAUUAAAAGUUUCAGGAUGUUAAGUACCUGAAUGGUUAUUUGAAUUAUAGAUUGCAAAAAAACAACUUAAAAAAAAGAGAGAACGUUUUCCUGUUAAAAGAGAAAAUAUAGAAGAUUAAUGA